UUGACAAAUUAAUUAUCCAAUAUUGUGCGUCGCUUUCGUGAUUGUCGCGUUAUUAUAAAAAUAUUACCAAUUUCUUCUUUGAUAAGUAUUGUAAUUUAUUUGUGAGAAACAAGGUUCCUUACCAUCAUGGAUAACUUAAAAUUUAGCGCAAUGGGUUCGGAUGACAAUAACUGGAGGACUCAAAGCGUUAGACAAACUGUUGUAUCAAAGAUUGAAGAGGUUAUUCAGAGGUCAGGAAUGCAGGUAGCAAGGAAUAGUAAUGAAAUGGAAAAUCACGUUUUUAUGAAGGCUAAGAACCGUGAGGAGUAUAUGAAUAUGGUUGCAAAACUCAUCCUGCACGUGAGGGAGAUGUCUCAAACAAAACCAAAUCAAGGAGCCCCAAACAUGCAAGGUCCUAACCAAAAUCAGCCAGGUGCCAGUAACCAAGUACAAAAUCAGCAAGGUCAACAGCAACAAGGUCCUAAUAGCCAGCCUGGAAUGGCCACAGACCCAAUAAAUGCAUUACAAAAUAUGGCCUCCCAGGGGACAAGAAAUCAAAUGAUGACUAUGGGUCAAGGACAGAUGCAACAGGGAGUUUUAGGCCCAAACCCAGGCAUGGCAGGAAUGCAAGGCCAGAUGAACCAACAAGGCCCCAUUGUAUCUCAGGGUCCACAAGCUCAAACAGCUACAAACUUACUACAAACAUUAAAUCAGAGACCACAAAUCAAUAUGCAACUGCAAAAUAAACUAGGAAUGGUCACUAAUCAAGGACAAAUGGGUGGUAAUAUGGUGGGAGGAAUGGGCAUGGGUAAUACCUUGGGAAGUCAGCUACAGAAUCAGUUGAAUGCCUCAGGAAUGCAGGGCCAGAUGAUACCAAACAUGUCCAUGUCAAACACCAUGCAAGUUCCAAUGCCAGGGGUUAAUACAAUGGUGGGGCAGAUGCAAUGCAAUCAAGUUGUUGGUGGAAUGGGUGCACAAAUGGCCCCUAAUCAAAUGCAAGGUCAAAUACCUAACCAAAUGGUGGGUGGCAUGGGUAACAAUCAACUAGUAAACAUCAACAUGCUGCAACAGAUGCAUCGUGGGCAGGGUAAGGAGGUGGUGAUGGGAGCUGGAUAUGCUCCUCGGGCACCACCUCAUAACCAGUUCUUGAGACAAAGCCCAUCGCCCUCUGCUUCAUCACCUAAUAUGCCAGGUCCAAGCCCUGUAUCGAUGGGAGGAGGAGUAUUAAGCGGCGCAUUAUCGUCCCCCCUAUCUGGUCUAGGUGGUCUGGGUGCUUGCAGCGGUGGCAGCCCAUCGCCCUCCGCCAGUCAUCAUCUUGGACACCACCAGCCGCAACAGCGUGUAAACAUGGGCAUGGUGGCGUCGCCGUCGCCGUCGUCGUCUCUGAACACGCCGGCGGGCGCGGGCGCGGGGGGCGCGGGCGUGGCGUCGCCGGGGGGGGAGGACGCCGCCUACCGCGAGAAGGUGCGCCAGCUGUCUAAGUACAUCGAGCCGCUGCGCCGGAUGGUCAUGCGCAUGGUCAGCGAGGGCGAGAAUGUAGAGAAGUUGACAAAAAUGAAGAACCUUUUGGACAUUUUGUCGAAUCCGAAUAAGAGAAUGCCUCUGGAGACAUUGAUCAAAUGCGAAGUGGUACUGGAGAAGCUGGAUUUCAAGCGAAGCGAGGGUGUCGGCCUGGGACUGCCGUCCGCUGGGAAGGAACAAAUCUUUAACCCGCUACUAGAGGUUGUGAACAAUUGUCUUCAGUCUCCGCUGGCCAAUCACACCCUGAAACGUACUUUCGGUUCCACGCUUGACGCACUCAAUGGGCCUGAGAUCAAGAAUCUUCCACCACCACCUCAAAAAAUGCCAAAAAUGGACGAACCUACCCUCGAAAUUCCAGACGUUCUGCAGGGUGAAAUCGCAAGAUUAGAUUCGAGGUUCAAGGUGUCGCUGGAGACGAUGCAGCUGUCGGGCGGCGGCGGCGCCAUCUCGCUGAUCGCGCAGCUGGACGACGUGCGCCUGCCGUGCGUGCCCGCCGUGCACGUGGCCGUGCCGCGCGACUACCCGGCCGCCGCGCCGGCGCGCCUGCGCGUGCGCAGCGCCGCGCCCGCCGCCGCCGACUGCUUCCUCGCGCGCGUCGAGCGCGCCAUGGACGCGCGCUGCGCCAGACUACCGAAGAGUUGCUCGGUGGGCCAGCUGCUGGACGCGUGGGAGAUGAGCGUGCGGCAGGCGUGCGCGCCGAGCCCCGUGUCCUACGCGCCCGUGCCCGCGCUCGGCCUCUAGGGCGCCGGCGGGCGGCGUGGGGUGGCGAGUCUUUUCCUUAUCUUGCAUCUGUGGAGCUGUUUUGUGCGAAACUCGAAACGAGCCGUUGAAAUCUCGUAAAAUGUCAGAUACUUAUGCAUAAAACGUCAAGCUGAUAUGUCUGUUUUCGACAUUAUACGAGUUACGAGUGCGAGGAUCAAAUCGAAUACAGAAUAGCUUUGCUGUGCCUCCUAGAUGCAUAUCGACUGUGUCUCGAUUACGUGGACCUCGAUGUUGAGUCUCAAUCCGUGUACUCGUGGAUCUGAAGUCCCAAAGGACGCCAUUUGUUUCCUAAUCAUGACCUCUUGAUAUCGAAUGAAGCGACUCAUUGAUAGUAAGUAAGUAUAGUUAUAUAGAUUCUAUUGCAUUUGAUUUUAUUGUCUAUUAUCGAGUGAAACGCCAAAAAGCUUCGCAUUUUCGGACAAAUGAGCAUUUAAAUGUCUAAAUUAUUAUUCAAUAUAAUAUAAUUGCAGUAACAAAAUAUAACAAUUUGAAAACAGUUGCCAGCCCUAGGCUGAGGCUUGUUACGCAUGUAUAAAGACGAAUUGUGAAGUUUCGGUUGCAAGUAACAAUUUAGACUUUAUGAUUAAACGAUCACGGUUGAAAAUAGUGUGUCGCUAGAUACUCAUAAUGUAUUCUCUACGAUGUUUCAAUGAAAUGAGUAAAGAUUAACAAACUUUAGGUUUACUUAUUCCAUGCGAUUUACUAAUUGCUCUGCUGUGCACAGUUCUUGAUUAAUACAUAUUUAUCAUACAACACACCGUUAUUU